GUCCCACUCUCAUCUGUGGGCGAUACAAUGGCGCCUAAGGGCAAGAAGGUGGCUCCCACGCCGGCCGCCGCGAAGAAGGCGGCCGCCCCUGCUAAGCAGACCAACCCGCUCUAUGAGAAGCGUGCCAAGUCUUUCGGCCUGGGCGGCGCGCCCAAGCCGAAGCGGGACCUGCACCGCUUCGUGAAGUGGCCGCAGUACGUGCGCCUGCAGAGGCAGAAGCGCGUGCUGUCCAUGCGCCUGAAGGUGCCCCCGGUGAUCAACCAGUUUGUCACCCGCGCGCUGGACAAGAACUCGGCGGAGACCCUCUUCAAGCUGCUGAUGAAGUACCGGCCUGAGGACAAGAAGCAGAAGGCUGAGCGCCUGAAGGCCGAGGCCGCUGCCCGCGAGGCCGGCAAGGAGGCUGACAAGAAGAAGCCCAUUGUUGUCAAGUACGGCCUGAACCACAUCACCACCCUGGUGGAGUCCGGCAAGGCGCAGAUGGUUGUCAUCGCGCACGACGUCGACCCCAUUGAGCUGGUGUGCUGGCUCCCAGCCCUCUGCAAGAAGAUGGGUGUGCCGUACGCCAUCGUCAAGGGCAAGGCCCGUCUGGGCACUGUGGUCCACAAGAAGACCGCCACCGCCCUGGCCCUGACGUCGGUCAAGAACGAGGACCAGCGUGAGUUUGCCAAGCUGGUGGAGAGCUUCAAGAACCAGUACAACGAGGGCCCGCGCGUCAACUGGGGCGGGCACAUCCUGGGCAUGAAGAGCAUGCACAAGCAGAAGAAGCGGGAGCGGGCCAUUGCCAAGGAGCUGGCGCAGCGCGCCAACGCCUAAGCUGGCGUCAGGCUAAGCGAGAGGCGUGGACGCGGGCUGGCGCGGCUCACGCUGCUGCUGCUUGCCAUGGGGCUCAUUGGAGUGUAAAGAGAAAACCCAAU